CAGAAUUAUUGCUCCAAGAACGAUCGUAAAUCGUAGUCAGCAAAGUGCAAAAGCCUACCGUAUAGAAAAUGCAAAGAAUACCUCGCAAACGUAAGCUAACAGAAAAAGUCCGGAACAACCCGGACUUGGAGCACUUCCGAAUAAAGUUCGAGGUCAAGACGGAACCGGAGGAUGAUCCGCCGCCAACACCGUCAGUUGUGUGUUGUUAUUUGUGCAAACUUUCGUCCGGUGUUAAGUUGCUGGCUCUUGAAGUGCACAAUCCCAAACGCACGGAACCUUCCACGGUGGAUAAGAUAAAAGCAUGCAUCGGUUGGGAGGUUUUGCCCGACAUGGACGAAACGAGUCGAAUUUGUCGGCCGUGUAUCCGCAAGCUGGAUGAGCACUACGAGUUCCGGAAGCAAGCCUUGCAGUGCAACGACUACGCUCAAAACCAGAUGGCCGCCGACGAAGCUGAAGUCGUUGAUGCCCCAGCAGAGAUUCGGGUGUGCCGUUUUUGUUUGAAAAUCGGCGGCAAACUUUUGGAUCUGCAUCCGGCAGGUAGCGCUUCGGAUGUGCUACUGUUGAAAAAGAUCCGCGACAGUUUGGACGUCGAGAUCAACUCCUGGGAUGCCGUGACGAAAAUUUGCCGCGCAUGCAUUCAAAGGAUCCAGGAUUUUUUGGAUUUCCGUGAAAAACACCUGCCGAUAUCGGUGUUUGUGAAGCAGGAGACCGAUCCUCCAGACACACGCCAAGAACUAAAUGAACUGGUGCAGAAUGAUGAGGUCUCAUUUGAUGGCAAUGGUCCAGAUUUGGAAAUGAGUGUCUCUGACUCGGACUGUUCCAUAGGCGAGAACGAGCGAACAGAUCCCCUGACCGGAGGAAAACCACGAGUGAGAGCGAUUUCGGCAGAGGUUUUGCAACUAAUUGAGUCCGAGAUGGAGGGCAGGAAUUUCGGCGUCAGAAAAGAAGACGGAGCAAAAUUGGUUGUAGUUUUUGAAGGUUUCCUGUAUCGAUUCUUUUCCGCUCUGGAGAGUGGAGGAUCUGUAUGGGUGUGUCUUGAAAAAAGGCUACGACUAUGUAAUUCUAAGCUGGAGAUUGACUCAUCCGGUAAAACUGCAUCCAUAAUAGGGAAAAUCAAUAACCACUCUCAUUCGCAAAAACCGGCAAUGCUUAUGGAAUGCCCACCAGGAAAAGGAUUCGCCGAAUAUAAAGACACCCAGGAACCGUUUUGGUUCUUCUACGGCGAACAGUCGAACUCGAGUAGUAAGCUGACGCGAAGCAUCGUAUUCGAGAACUACAGAUAUUUCCUGCAUCAGAUUAGAAAUAGUGGUGCGAAUAGUGUCUGGUACUGCCUAUCGCGAGGAGCAGGGAAAUGCAAAUGCAGUUUACUCAUCACCGGAAUGUUCAAGCGGAUUGAAGUUAAAGGGUCGCACAACCAUAGGCCAGUUUCGCAGAAAAAGAUCGAUGCUGUUUUGACAAAAGUCGGAAUUGGCGCAGAUUCGACGGAGGCAAUAAGCGCUUUUCAGAGGAACGUUUCGGACGAUGAAAUUGAUGACUGUCGAUUGAAUAAAGAACUUGCUAAAGAGCAGCAGAAAUGUGCCAUCAAAUCUCUGACCAAAGAGAAGCAACCAGAGAUUUUCCGCAUUCUCAGUGUGGACGAUCCCGAGCGGAAAUUCGAGUGUUUGCAUGCGGGUUCCAAGAUGAAGAUCAAACAGGAUGGCUACGAGUUCAGGUACUUCGGAAGGCAAAAAGAUGGAACCACGCUGUGGAAGUGCAUCAUGGAUUCACUGCAACACUGCGGUUUGGUCGUAAGGGUCGACACAGAUGGCAGACGUUUCGAUAUAUUCAAAGGAAGAAAGCAUAGUCACAAACCGGAGCCGGCUCCGCUAUUCAGUUACCCUCUGGGAAAGCGAAUGAUUGGGGGAGAACCUCUGUGGCUGAUUCUACGACAUUCUAUGUACUAUGAAGGCAGAUGCGUAAUCUAUCGGGAUAAUGUGUUCAUAAUACUGGACAUAACCCGCAAGGGAGUCGUACGCUGGAAUUGCCUCAGGAAGCACUCGUGUCGUGCUCUGUUGAUCGUGAAGGGGGAUUUUGAGGAAGUAACUUUCCGCAAUGCCCAUUCCCACGAGAAUACAUCCCAAGAAAUUUUGACAAAGUUGAUCGAAGGACGAUCACCAGAAUUAGAAUCAGAUGAAGAUCUCACAUUCAGGCAAAGGCUUCUGUCGUACCCGUCAACGGUAGGCAAAAUCUGGAACGAAGCCACUCACCAGAACGAAACGUUUUACAUCCUGAAGACUAUGAAAACCGGAGAAACAGUUACCUGUGGAUUGGUAUUUCAAAAUUACCGAUACGUUUUAGCAUCGCUCGAUCAGAACUGCACAAGCCGGUGGACGUGUACGAAGCAUAACUCUCGGAACAUUAGGUGUAGGGCGGCCGUGAUCGUAGAAGGUCAUUACGACUCGAUUUGCAUUAGGAGUAAGCACAACCACGAUGCAAUGCACGAUUCCGAAAUGGAGCUCAUGAUCAAACGGAGUGUUGCGGAUAACUUAAUGGAAGAAGGACAAGCAAAAGGCAGUUUGGAAGAAAUGUCUGAGAAAAAUGUUGGAUCGAAGAAUAUACUGUCCCAGCUUGCGCGGCAUGACCCUGUCAGGAACUUUGAAGUAUCCAGAGUAACAUCGAAAUUAAUCAUACGUUACGAAGGUGAAGAGUUUCGGCUGAGAUCUCGCAAAACCGAUGGAAGUAGUUUGUGGAGUUGUACCUGGUUGAAGAUGCGUCGCUGUCCAGUGGUGCUUAGUUUAAGUGCUGACGGUAGAAGUGUCACCAACGUGGAUCCAACGAAGGAACAUAAUCAUUCCGUAGAUCAAGUAGCUGUUUAUCAUAUGAACACUGGAAAAGGUCAAAUCUUUGACGAAAAUAGACACGUUUACGCGUCCUAUUGGGUUUUUGGCCACCCCUGGGAGUAUCGGGAAUCUCGUGCCGUCAUCUAUCAAGGCCAUAAGUAUUACCUGAACAUUAUUGGCAACAAUCGGGUGAGUACCUGGAAGUGUCGAAUACGGCAUUGCAAGGCUUACAUUCGCGUAGAGGGCACUUUUCAGACGUUGUUCCACAAACAUCAACACACUCAUGAACGUCUGGCUGAUGAUGAAAUACUGGCCAUUACAAACUCAACCGAAGUGGAUCCAGAUUUGUUAGAAAGUAGUGAACCCCUCGAAGUUGCCGUUGACCCUAAAGAUCACGAAGGUCCACUCCGUCCAGCUACUCUGCUACACAUACUGUCUACGAAUGAUCACGAUCGGAAUUUCCACGUUACGAUUUAUAAAGAUCAAAUGAAAAUACAUCAAAAUCGUUACGAGUAUUACUAUCGAUCGUCCACCGAGACCCACUCCCUUUGGAAGUGCAUCUUCUUCACAAUCAGACGAUGUCGUGCCACAAUUCACCUGGACAACGACUGUAAAACGGCAACCCUGCCGGACGUCCCGAAGCAUAACCACAAGGAGGAACUGUGGGACAUGUUCUACUAUCCGCUCGGAGAGCACUCCAUCAUGGAUGCCUACACCGAAUCAGUGCAACCUUUCUGGUUCCUCAUGCAACCCGGGUUCUUUCGAUCGCAUCCGAUGAUCAUCUACGAGGGUAACAAGUUCACUUUGGCAUCGAUCACCGAAAACGGAGACAACAGCCGGUGGCGAUGCGUAACACAUCUCUGCCGAGCCACGUUGACCGUUACGGGACUGUUCGAGCUGGUGGUGGGUGGUCAUCCGCACAAUCACGAACCACAACCGGAGCAAAAGCGAGCCGAGUGGAUACGACAGUACGGUACGCCUGGCGGUAGUAGUAGCGCGGAUGCCGAGGACGACUUCGACGUGAUACCGUUUGUUAAGGUAGAAAUGGAAGAUUGCGAUGCAAUGGCGUACGAAGAUGAUGAGUAUGCGGAAAUGUAGUUUAAAGGUGUAAGUAAACAUGUUUUCAUGUACAGUUACGCAUUAAAAAUAUUGUUAUGUCUAUUGUA